AUUUGCUCCUGUGCUCGUCCAAUCACUGGAUGGCCCCCAGUGCUCACCGAGUGUGACUGGACGUCUCACUGUACUGUACAGCGCUUCCGUCGCCCGUCCCCGCAUUAAGUCCCCGUCCCAGCACAGCGCCACAGCAGGGAUGCGCCACAUGACUGCCUGGAAUUUUUGGACCUUUUUAAAACGCUAAAUGGAGACGGAUUUAGUUUGAUGUUUUGGGAGGAGCGGCGAAAAUCGGUAAACAUGCAGAAGAAGCUGAAGGACACCCAUACUCCUAUAUUGUCAUCACCCAGAGCGUCGUCUUUUUUCAUCGAAAAUCUCCUGGCCUCCAGGCAGCACGAAAGGGAUUCUCCUUGCGAAAGCAGCCGGAGGGGCGCUUCGGACGACGACGGCCGGGUGUCGUACUUGCCGCGCGGCGUCAUGUGCGCUCCAGCUCCCGGUGGCAGCAGCCCAGCCACGUCCCUAUUGAGCACAGAGCCGCUGGUAAACUGGUACGCCGGGAACAGUGGCUUGCUCUUCAGAGCUUUGGGUGCUCCAGGCAGUCCAUCUCUUAACACAAGGUCCGAGGACAACUGCUGCUCCGUGUCGACCAGUGACAGAAGUUCCCCCGCCGUAUCAGAACCCAUUACAGACGACAGUUACGAGUCCGACAGGAAAUUAAGCGACGGCAACCUCCUCGAUGACAACGAUGAGGCUCAGAGUGGCUUCGACACAUCAUCUGACCCAAACCCGACCCGGAAGAAGAAAACUCGGACUGUGUUCAGCCGAAGCCAGGUUUUCCAAUUGGAGUCCACCUUCGACGUGAAACGGUACCUGAGCAGCUCGGAGAGGGCGGGCCUGGCCGCGGCUCUGCACCUAACAGAGACCCAAGUCAAAAUCUGGUUCCAAAACCGGAGGAAUAAAUGGAAGAGACAGCUGGCGGCGGAUCUCGAGGCUGUCCAUAUCCCCAAUCAGAGCCAGCGGGUUGUCAGAGUCCCCAUUUUGUAUCACGACGGACCUGCAGCCAGUUCUGCACUGGCUUUCAACUUAAAUGGACAUGAGGUCUUCUCCAACUCCAUCGCAUACCCCCUGUCUUCCUUGGCCCACUCCAUGAGCAUACUGAGGUCACAAAUGAGCGGCCUAGUGUAAAGACAUAUCAAACUAUAUAUGAUACGCAGUGCAAUAACCCACAUUGUCGCAACCAAUCGCUCAAAGCAUCCAAAGGAAACUGUGUAUGCCACAAAGUGAAGUCAUGUUUUGUGUAUUAACUUCAAGUGAGUGUUUGUUUGCCAUACUUGUCAGUAUAUAAUAAUCUAUAUCAACCGAGUGCAAAGUACUCUUUUUGAAACGCAACUAUUUUUCGCCAAACUUUUAUAUUUAAGAAAACACACACAAACCCACGUUUUCAAUUUUAUCUUUUUUUCACUCAAUAAAUUGAUACAAAUACAGACUCGUUUGUAUAUGUUCACUGGCAAAAUAUAGGCCAAUUAUUAUAACAGUGGAAGGGCAGCCAUUUGUUAUUCUUUCUGCUAUAAUGCAUUGUUGCGUUGUUUUAGAAGUCUGAGGUUCUGAUCAUUAUUAGGCUCAAACUAAAAGGAAAAUAAAUAUAAAUCAUUUUGAAGAAAAUAAUCUUUAUUUCAAGCUGCACUUUAUUGACUAUCUAGAUUGAAUGGUAUAAACAAUGAAAUCAGGCAUAUAAGCAAAAAGAGCUAGAAGAAUUAAAUAUGCAGCAACAUAUAACUCAAUUUUAUAAUACAACAUAUAACUCAAUUUUAUAAUACAGAUGAACUUUAAUGAAAGCAGAUCUUGUAAAAUGGAAAAAUGUACACCUGUGUAAAAUAUAUCUAUUUUAAAGU